CAAAGUGAUGUCACUCAUUUCGCAAAAAGCGAAAUUUUCAUUGAAUCUAUUAAUUUUCCCGUGAUUUAUAGAUCGACAAUGAAAAGAUUGUCAUGAAACGAAACUUCUCAGAUAUCUCUCUCAAAUUGUCACAAUUUUUAUUGAAAGCUGUGGGUAGUUGGAUAACGGUCAACAAAGCAGAAGAACGUCAAAGAAGAAUCAAUAUGUUGUACACUGUCGCCUCGCAUAUAUAUGCUUUGUAUAUUAAUAUCACCGAUAUUUAUCACAGUUGGGGGGAUUUUAACUAUUGUAUGUUCAUAAUAUCUAACUUACUAAUAGUCAUACUAUCGCUUUCUAAAUUUAUAAUAUUAAGCUUUCGCAGAAGAGAAUUUGUGAAAAUAAUAAUAUAUGCUCAGAAGAAUUUUUGGCAUUUCAAAUAUGAAAAUUACGAAAAAUUACUUUUCACGAAGUGUCAAAAGUUUUGCAACUUGUGGACCAUAAUCGCAUACUUCUUUGUACAAAGCUCUAUUUUUUUCUAUAUAAUUACACCAUUUUACGUGAAUCAUGGAAAGAACAAAUCAGAAAGAACACUUCCGGUCAGAAUGUGGAUCGAUAUACCGUUAAGCACAACACCAUAUUACGAAUUAUUGUUCGCCUCGCAGUUAAUAGCUCUACAACAAAUCGGCCUGACUUAUUUGAGUAACGAUAACUACUUAUGCGUAUUGAGCAUGCAUGUGAAUUACCAGUUCCGCAUAUUGCAACAUCGAAUGCUCACCAUAUGGUCAAGCAUGAAGGAACAGAAGGAUAUCAUCUCUUGCACGGACAAAUAUUACAAAGCUUUAAAGAAAUGCAUUAAACAACAUCAGUCGUUGCUCAAAUAUUGCGAGAAACUCGAUUAUGUUUACACGUUGAUGAUUUUGAAUCACGUGAUUGUGUUUAGCUUGAUAAUGUGCAUCGCCUUCUACGAAAUACUUAUAGCAGACGUACCUCUAACGACGCGCUUCAUUUUCAUUUUCUCCGGGAUUGGUAUCUUUGUUCACAUCCUUUUUUUCACGUAUAUUUGUGACAAAUUGAUAGAAGAAAGUGGAAACGUCGGGUUGGCGAUGUAUUCAGGCUGGUGGACGACAUUGCCAAUGAACGAGACUGGAAGAAUGCUGCGAAAAGAUAUAAGGAUGAUAAUGAUGAAGUGCAUGCGGCCAUGUUAUCUCUCCGCUGGAGGAUUUUUUCCUGUUUCCUUGGAAACGUCUACUAGUCUUAUAAGCUCUACCGUGUCGUAUUUCACUCUCUUGAGGGAAUCCAUGAAAUAAGAUAAUUUACACAGAUUGUUCAAUCUUUGUGUUCAAGUAAUUAAA